AUGGCAGUUGGAUCAACCACGAUGCAGCCGACUCAACGACAGCAUAGUACCGGGUCUCUGGACAAUUUCAACCCCGUCAUGGUAACCCCCGUGAUUGGGAACGAGUUUGUCAAAGGCGCCUGCAACGUUGCCGAUGACAUUCUCCGCGCUCCCACCGCAGACCAGCGCAUUCGCGACUUGGCCAUCAUGGUCGCUGAACGGGGAGUCGUCUUCUUCCGUGCCCAGGAUGAUCUCACCAAUGACCUCCAGAAAGAACUCAUCCUGCGCAUGGGAGAGCUCACCGGCCGUCCAUCCGCCCACGGCCUGCACAUCCACCCCGUCACAAACGACGCACGUGAAUUCGGCGACCCAGACCCCCAGAUCAGCACCAUCAACUCGGAGGGCCGCAAGACCCUCUACAAGGGAUCCGACUACACGAAGAUGGCGGCCGUCUGGCACAGCGAUAUCUCGUUCGAGAAAGCCCCCGCGGACUUUUCCAGUUUGCGCCUGGUGCAGCUGCCCACCACCGGAGGCGACACGCUCUGGGCAUCCGGGUACGAGAUCUACGAUCGGAUCAGUAGGCCCUACCGGGCGUUUCUGGAGACGUUGACUGCCACCCAUGCGGGUGUGGGUUUCCAAAGGCUGGCGCGGUCGGGCAAGUUUCAGCUGUACGAGAAGGAGCGCGGGGCGCCGGUGAAUGUGGGAGGAGAAUUGUCGGCGGUUCAUCCAGUUGUGAGGACGAAUCCGAUCACUGGGUGGAAGUCAAUUUUCCCAAUAGGCUCCUUUCCUACGCAGAUAAACGGGUUGACGCGCAGAGAGAGCGCAAACAUGCUACAAUGGUUCCAUGACAUGAUCACCUACGGACAUGAUCUCCAGGUUCGCUUCAAAUGGAACCAGCCGAAUGAUAUUGCAAUCUGGGACAACCGCAGUGUCUUCCACACUGCCACAGGCGAUCACGAAGGAUUCGGUCCGCGGAGCGGUAACCGUGCCGUCGGCGUGGGUGAGAUCCCAUACUUUGAUCCCGCAAGCAAGUCGCGCAGAGAGGACCUAGGUAUUGAAGAUACUCUUGCCCCGUGUCAUUGGUAG